GCAGACUCGCUGUCAUCAGUACAACAUCAGCAUCUUCCGGGGGCGCGCUGAGGAGGCGGAGGACGGAGGGAGCGAGAGAGAGAGAGAGAGGGGAGACAUCGUGGAUGAAGGCUUCGACAGGGGGAGAAAAAAAAGGCUGAUGAUCAUGGAGUCGAGGCGCGGGAGGAUGUCGAGGAGCGGGGCUGCCGAGGUCUGACGCGGGCGAUCCCACCAGGCUUUUGGCGGAAGCCAGGCAGAGGACGAGGGGGAAGCACCCCACGGAUGAAGGGAAAAAACGGGGUCCACCGCUGGCGCCACAGACAAGCAGAUCUUGGAUGGUGAUCAGGUGACGGACGAAGAGCUUUAACCCUCCGACGACUGUGAAUUCAACAAGCCAGGUUGAUGGAUUUUGAAGCGUUGACGCUCGCAGCCUCCGGGAUUUCGAAUGACUGGUGCUGCUGCUGAACGAUUCGCUCGUGGAACAGGUUUGCUAUGAUUUGCUUCAAUGUAGCAUCUCUCCCAUUCAUCUCGGUGACAGCGCCGUGGGGUUAUGUAGGCCAAAGCAGGAACCAUUUCAGAUCAUCUGGCAAGCGAGCCGUUUCCCUUUGAGCCGUCGCGAUCCGCAGAGAGCAAAACAUGUUGCCUUCCCAAGAAGCCUCCAAGAUCUACCACGACAACUACAUGCGCAACUCGCGCGCCAUCGGGGUUCUGUGGGCCAUCUUCACCAUCUGCUUCGCCAUCGUCAACGUGGUGGUCUUCAUCCAGCCCUACUGGAUCGGCGACAGCGUCAACACGCCGCAGGCCGGCUACUUCGGCCUCUUCCACUACUGCGUGGGCUCCGGGCCGUCGCCCAGCCGGGAGCUCACCUGCGUGGGCAGCUUCUCCGACUUCAGCUCGAUCCCGUCCGGAGCCUUCAAGGCGGCCUCGGUGUUCGUGUUGCUCUCCAUGGUGCUGAUCCUCAGCUGCAUCGCCUGCAUGGCGCUCUUCUUCUUCUGCAACACCUCCACCGUUUACAAGACCUGCGCCUGGAUGCAGCUGCUGUGCGGAGUGUGCCUGGUGCUGGGCUGCAUGAUCUUCCCCGACGGCUGGGAUGCCGAAGUGAUCCGGGACAUGUGUGGAGAGCAGACAGGGAAGUACUCCUUGGGCGACUGCUCCGUCCGCUGGGCCUACAUGCUGGCCAUCAUGGGCAUCCUGGACGCCCUCAUCCUCUCCUUCUUGGCCUUCGUCCUGGGCAACCGGCAGACAGACUUCUACCUGGACGACUUGCAGACAGACAACAAAGAUUUUGCUGUGUCAAGGAUUGAAGUUCGAGACAGAAGAGAGCCGCGGUACGGCGUGCAGCGUCUUCACUGAGGGAGGCGGGGCCAGUGGCCGCUCCUCCACCCUUCUACGAUCAGGAUUUCACUCUCCAUCCAUGCAGAUCCAUGUGUACAGGAUUCUAUAGAAAACAGACGACGAAACACACUGGGAGAAACUAUAUUUUGGAGAAAAAAGUUGUACAGUGCAUUUAACACUUGGCUUUCUCAAUAAUUACCUUUAUGAAAAAAAAAAAAGAUUUACUGUAUUUAAAGUCUUGGUUUUGUGUGAGAAUUUCAACCCUUGAGAGGAAGGCCCAUGACGCUCACCUCUUAUUUCAUUCAUUUGAGACCUUCGGUUUGUGUGUCGUGUGCAUCCGCCGCUUCAGAGGUCUCUCGAGGUUCCUCCCUGAAAACAUGCAGCCAGUUGAGCAGGAAGCACCUCGACAGGGACUCCCCUCUGAGGACUGUGAAGAAUGGAAAGACGUGACCCCCUGCCCACAUUUGCAGCUUUACAGAACCUAACAUCUCUGGGAGAUUCUCUACUGUACAUACUGAACUAUGUAAAUAACCGCUGACUCAGACAGCCGACGACAAAACCUCAUCUGAUCCUUCUGAUGAAUUGGCUUCAGAAUUUCUACCUUUGUUUUUCCUGGAGCUGGACGCCGUUUCCUCGCUGACAAGGGAGGAAACAUGAGCUGAAUAUUUCAUCUUUGAAAGAGAGAAGUUCUUCUGCUCUCACAGCGGCCGUUAAAGUCGAGCUGGAAAAUCACCUUUUGUAGGAACGGAAACAGGAAGCUGGAGAGUAAAAUAUAAUAAAGGUCAACAAGUGGACUGAAGUUAGCACGCCAUGUUUUGGAUACAACUAGCUACAACUACAACUACAAAAAAUGGCAGAACAAAACGUAUUGGGCUGAAGGAUAUAAAUAGCACUCUUUGAGGUAAAAGUGUCCCUUUUUUCAAAAGUCUCCUCCGCUCUAGUUGAAGCACAAACAUCCAUCGUCUUUCUCACAUCUGCCUGCACGCAUCGCAGUUCUCCAGAUGAGUUCCUGACAUAUAUAAUCUCAACUUGCUCGCCUAAAGGAAAGGGCGAAGCUUGAAAUUAUAUAUGUUUUUGAAACUGUAUUUCAACAGUGUGGGCCACACAAAAUGACGUAGAGGGCCAGGUUUGGCCCCCGGGCCUUGGGUUUGACACUAAAGCAUCGGAUUAGUUACAUUACCUCACCACUGUUUUUCAGUCUGUCGGGUAAUCUGCGAGAUUAUCGACAGCCGUCAACUUUCAUUCCAGCUCGACUUUAAAGCAGCGCCUGACGGUGUUUGCGCUGUGGCGCCUGGGCAGAAUGUUUUCUUUCACUAUUUUGUAACAAGACUCUCACAAACCUGCUUUCCUGUGUGCAGUUUACUCCAGUUCAUGGUUCCAGCAAACAGUGGUCCGUUUACUCUGCAGAUGUCUUAAGACUGCGUGAACAUGGCUGGCGACCUGGCCUUCUCUCACAGGGAAGCCACAAGUGCCGCCAAUGUCUUAAGGUGAUGUCACUUAUUUGCCUCUUGUAACAGGUUUUACGGUAAAGAAGCCCUGGAAUAAUCUGCUUAGAAACAUGAGAGGCGACUUUUUACCAACAAAUACGAGCCGGCAUGAUCAAUACGGGUCAUGUAGCUGAAGGGUGAACAAGGACUGAGGUAGUGACUCCUGGAACGUCCUUCAGAAACACCGUUUUCCCUUGAAAAACCUUGUUAUGAACUCGCCACUGUCAUUGUCAGGCUGAACAGUAGCAGGAUCGAUUGCCUUGUUUUGUUUUUCAUGUCUUAAAAGUGCGCAACAGCCCACGUGGCAUGCCAGACUUGCUUCGACUCACUAGUGUUCUAGCGGGGUGUUUCCAGGUCAGUGCAGUAGGUUUCACAAGCGUAAAGGAAACAGGCCGAUCCAUUGUCAAGCCGCACAAUACUCGCGUUUAAGUGCUUUAAGGCUGCGUCCCGAGGGGCAGAGAAGUAGAGGCCUGACUCUCCAGAGCCAUUUAUACCACACCUAACACUGUACAUGCUUCUACCGAACAAGACAGAGGGGCCAAACCUUUGUUCAUACCCAAGUUACGACACGUCAUGAGGACAGGACUGGGUAGGUGUGCAACAGCAUGAACCUUGAGAGGAUCGUGUCGGUGCCAGGACGAGCUAAAGCUCGAGCGUUUGUCAUAGACUUGUCAAACCGCAGAAUACCAGAGUGAAAGCAAGAUCCAAAACUAGAAACCUUUGCCAAGCAGCUUCAGUGGCAACGUGUGCUUCAAAAAUAAACAAUCCCUGAUCCAAAUGCCAAUGUCGGGAAUCGUCCCCCAUCAUCCUCCAAUGUAUAAACGCUAGCUAAACAAUAGGAGCCCAUGUUGCGACGAAGGCGUAGACGGCUCAGAAUACAAUGCAGCUAUGCUGCGUUCUAAACAAUCCCUCCUUUUAAAAUCGGGAAUUUGAACAACAACCAAUCGUCUUUGACCUCAGUGCCACCUGUGGUAGCCACGCCCCGAUUCCCAGCUCUCAAUUAUACUAUGUAGCGUUGUUGACGUGACAGUUGACUCGUGCCUGUUGGAUUGUUGCACGACAACAACAACAAUGUAGCAUCGGAGACGAACGUGGCACCAAUGAUGUUGAGAGACUCCUGUGUGCGUGACAAGAAGCUGUCGCUACGGGGGCCUUUCUUCCUCCCGCCAGGUCGUUGGACCUGUACCACCUGAGCAGCAGAAGCACGGCAUGUCUUUACUCAUGACUCACAACCAUCGAGACCGAUUUUACAACUGAAAUGGACACGAAUUUGAGCGAGUGUGUCGGGAUUUCACGUUUCUGUGCUCCGAAACUGUUCGGGUUUCCUCUGUUGGCUAUUGCGGGAUCGACGUUUUCCAUGAUCAUUUCCGAAGAUUGCACUGGCUCAGACGUCAGCGUGGCGAUUUUUUAUAUCCCACACCGUGACCGAGACAUAUCCAGAGACGGCCGUGGUAGUUUGGGAGCGCUUCACCGGCCCAGGACGCAUUUUGUAACAAGUCUUUUAUGCUCAUCUAAGAAAUAGCAAAACCCUGAGACCUGGCUGCUUAAGAGAAGCAUCCAUGCCGAGCGUGAGGUGCGGCGGGGCCUCCUCUGUGGGGACCUUGUUCCUGAGGACUUGAACUGAAAAUGACCUUAACAAGGAACUGACAACGUGUUAACCCUGAUGAGCACAUAUUUGUACCACUCCAGGUGCCUCUAAGAACUUUAGUUCAGACGUGGUGCAGAACCAGCAAAACAAGUAGUGAAUCUGUAGUUUUUGUACCGAAGGCUACACACUUGGACUUAGCAAGACUGGCUUUACCGAGGGCUCGAGGUCAAUUCAGUUUUAAUAAAAGUUGAUUUUACUCUCUUGAACGAAACAGUUGGGUGGAUUCACCUCAGUCUUGAAGCGUUUGUUGAUGGAAAUGCUGGACUCCAUUGAGGAUCAUGCAAUAUCUUGGAUCAAGGUUUGGUGACGGCAAAAGGAGAACAAUAAUGUCGGGAAACUAUGUUUCGACAAUGACUGAGGAUGUGUGAAGUAUUUGGUGGAAUCCAACUGUAUUUAAUAAAACGCUCUUUGUCUCUCUCUCAUUGCUGAACUUGUAGUAAAGCAGCAACCCCCCCACAAGAAACACUUUUAGUCGCUAUUUUGUUUGUUUAUUUGAACUAUAUGCAGCUACGACUAAUACUUCUUUGACUAUCCUCCUGUACUAGCAGUUCAAAUGAGCCUGGCGUGAUGGGAAUUAUCGAUGGGGCUUCAUGAAACAGUGUCCUCAUUCUCAGAGCCCACUAGAUGGCGCUCUCUGCUGUAAAAUCUUAGGAUUCAAACAACCAUCUCAAUGAAGCCUCACACCAUUUUUUUAAACAGAGAGCGUCACCUACUGAGCCCUGAUCAUGACGUCACUGUUUCAUGAAACCUCAUUUCUGAAUCACUAAAACGGGCUAAUGAAGCUUCAUGAAACAGCGUCCUUGUUUUCACAGCCCACCAGAUGCUGCUAACACAAAAGUCUUAAACUGAGAGCGCCACCUAUUGAGCCCUGAGAAUGAAGCUUCAUAAGCCCAUUAUUGAUGGUAAUGUAAGUACUAGCUGAUGGGCUGAUGAGGCUUCGUGAAACAGUGUUGUCAUAUUCAGUGAUGCUCUCAGUUUAAAAAUGAUCAAACUGGUUAACAACCAAAGGUUUCAGAGCAGAGAGUGACACCUAGUGGGCUCUGAAAAUGAGGACACUGUUUCAUGAAGCCUCAUCACAAGUCGGCACCAUUGGUUCUUGAAUGGAUCCUGCUUCAUAGAAGUGAAGUUGCUGUGAUGUAGUCAGUCCCCAGUUGGCUAUAGACUGGAUACAAGUUAUUGACAGGUUUAGUAGUUUUAUUUUUCCAUAUACACUGAGGAACAACCCGAUUCAGAGGGAGAGCGAACUGGAUCACCAAAUCCUCCACACAGGCCUUACCAUGAGAAGAUGUUGCCAAAAUAUCAUUGACUAUAGUUAUCACGCGUUAACAUGGGGAUAAAAAAAAUAUUUUUUGUUUUGUAUUACAAAAUAAUUAUAUACUGAUAUUUGUCAAGUACUUCUGAUGAGAUACUUGUUUUAUGUGUUGCUACAGAAUUGUUCCUUUCUGUUUUCUUUGUAUGUAUCUUUGGUAUGAUGAUCGUUGUCGCGUCACAUCAAACGAAAAAAAAAACAUCUCCUGUUUUGGUCUCAAGAAAAACGAAAGACUGAUGGUUCAAGUCUCAACACCGUGAAAAAAAAGAGAAGAGAUUUAAAAAAAAAAAAAAAAAGCUGUAUAAAAGUCUAUUUAUAAAGUUGCUUGAUAGUGAAGAGAUGGAGUCUGAAAGAGGCUUUUUAUGACGACAUGCUGAGUUUUCAUUUUCAAAUUAUAAUGUCUGAUUAAUUCCUGUUUGUGAAUAAUAUUACGACUCACCAUGAUGAUGAUGAUUUCUGUUUCUGAAACACGUUUUGAG